AUGCCACUAAAUACCCUCAUUACGACUUUUUUCGCCAUUUGGUUUGGCUUGGGCGUUGGUCUUGGCCCCCGGUUUCUCUGUAUCUGUUCUGAUGGUACAACGACCACUCAGUUUGGUCAGCAGUUUUGCUGCGACGGGCCGGGCGAAGCCCCGUGCCCGACCUCCCAAGAGCGCAGCGAUGACUUGAAUUUCUGCGUCGGAAGCGUGGACGGUGGAUGCCAGUCCACAUUGGUGGAAUCCGAGUCGAUAGUCGCAGUUGAUCGCCAUGAGAAAGAUACGGAAGAGGACUGGUCUCUUGACGGGCCAGGUGAUCUCCUCUUACUGCAGAUGGAUACCCUCGACGACCUGGGAUUCUGCGCAGUUCACAUACUGCGAUUGUUCUUCCCAGAGGCUCGGCCCCUUCUUCGAGAACUGCCUCGCUACGAAGCGCCGAAGAAUCCUGAUCAAUUCAGACCAGGAUCGGACGUGGUUGCUAUCGGUGAGCAGUUGACCCUCCGUCAUGCUCUCGCGGCUGCGCUUGUACACAAUCCGCAGCUUCGAUCAUUCGCGUGGGAACCGCGGAUUGCUGAGGCACGCCGCCUGCAAGCCGGGCUGUCGCCGAAUCCCAACAUCGGAAUCGAGGUUGAGAACUUUGCGGGCUCUGGAACCAUGAAUGGCUUCGAUUCUGCCGAGACCACCAUUGCUUUUAGCCAGCUACUUGAGCUUGGCAGGAAGCGCGAUCGCAGAGUACGAGUAGCAGAGGGGCAGUGGGCUGUUGUUGCUCUAGACUUCGAAGCACAACGGCUGGCGGUGCUUACCGAUACCGCGUCCCGAUUCGUGCGUGUGCUGGAGCUCCAACAGCGUGUUGAAUUUGCCGUUCGCGCGCAAACGCUAGCAGAAGAAAACCGGCGUGUGAUCGAUCGUCGAGUGCAAGCCGGAGAUGUCUCACCCAUCGACGAGAUCAAGGCCCGGCUCGAAAGCGAGUCCGCACGCAUUGUCGCAGAUCGACUCAGCCGGGAACUUGAGGCCGCGAGGCAUGAACUCAGCGCAAUAUGGGAUGCAACCGACCCAGGCUUUGACACGGCCAUCGGAUCGCUGGAUGAUCUCAUACCUGUUCCGAUGCUCAAUGCCCUGACUGAUCUCAUUGAGCAGCAUCCGGAAGUACAGCGUUGGAUCGCAGAGACCGAGCGCCGAUCAUCGGUGGUCGCUCUCGAACGGGCUCAAACAGUCUCAGACGUGUCGGCGGGUGCUGGCAUUCGAUAUGCCGAAGAGAGCGAUGAUGUCGGUCUCGUCGUGUCCCUGUCCGUGCCACUGACAAUCUUUGAUCGUAAUCAGGGAGGGAUAUUGGCCGCUCGUCUUCGAGCAGCACAAGCGAUCGACGAGGGACGGGCUUCCCGACGCGACCUGGUCACACAACUUGUCCGAGCGCAUGCCCGAUUGACCGCCGCAUAUCACGAGGCCAUGUCGAUCGAUGCUGCUCUACUUCCCGCGGCGAAGGACGCCUACGACGCGACGCGUCGGGCAUACGACGAGGGCAAGCUCCCGUACCUCGAUGUACUCGAUGCGCAGCGCACCUUAUUCGAUACUCAAACACAACGACUCGAAGCCCUUGCUGAAUAUCACGCUGCGAAGGUGCAGGUCGAAGGACUCAUCUCAGAGCCGCUGAACACACAAUCGCUCCGCGAACAUACUGAUCACCUCAAUCAAGGAGAAACACCGUGCGGGUGCGACCGGGGACAGGACGCAUCAUCAACAUCCGGCGGUGCACACGCUACUGAUGCGACUCAGGUUGCGCACUCUCACAAGAACGGCGAGACCUGCUUCGUGUGUGACGCCACGAAGCGUGACGCUGGCCGCCUGUGGUGCAGCGAGCACGCCCGGUACGAGGAUCGUUGCUGGAUAUGCCAACCGCAGCUUGAAGACGCUUCUCGUGCGUAUUGCGAGGAGCACCAUCUCUACGAGGAUGAAUGCCACAUCUGCGAUCCCACACGCGGCACGAAUGGAAGUGAUACGAGUGAAGCGAUGGGCGGACUGCACGGGCACGGUACCGACGAGGCGUGCUUCAUCUGCGAUGCUUCGAAGCGUGAUGCUGGUCGACUCUGGUGUGCUGAGCACGAUCGCUAUGAGGAUCGGUGCUGGAUCUGUCAGCCGCAGUUGGAAGAUGCCACCCGUCCGUACUGCGAUGAGCACGGGCUCUACGAAGAUGAGUGCCAUCUUUGCAAUCCGUCACUCCACGACGAUGCUGCUGCACCGCCAACGCAAACCGGGAGCAUUCCGGCUCUCUUCUGCAACGAGCACGGGGUGCCUGAGCACGAAUGUGGUAUCUGCCAGCCUCAGCUCGCAGGUGCACUUGGAAUCGGUGACUCGCUCCUGGUCAGGAUGCCCUCAGCAAGAUCUGCCGAUUUAGCUGGCCUGACACUCGAACAUCCCGGCCGGGGCGCUUCUGCAGCGUCUAUCGAGCUCCUUGGUGAAGUCCGAUACAACGGAAACAAGCUCGCCAAACUGACACCAAUGGCACCCGGUGUCAUCACAGAUAUCCGUGUCGAUGUUGGCGACAGUGUAUCAGCGGGCCAGAUCCUCGCAGUCAUCAACUCUGUGGGCGUCGCGCAAGCGAAGUCGGCUUAUCUGUCCAAGAUCGCAGAGCUUGCAGCGUCAAAAACAACAUUCGUGCGAGAGCAGAAACUCGUCGACGAGAACAUCGCCGCACGCCGUGACUUCCAAGAGGCUGAGGCCGCGCUCAAGCUUGCUGAGCUUGAAGUGCGGCGGACACAUCAGCAACUGCUCAACCUUGGCUUUACAGUUAGCGAAGUUGCUGAAAUAGCCGCGGAGCAAUCCUCGUCGUCGGAUCUGUAUGUCAGAGCUCCGUUCGACGGCACCGUCGUCGAACGGACGGCUGUAUUGGGUGAAGCCGCCGAUUCGCAAGGAUCACUCUUUGAGAUCGCCGAUCUGACGACGAUGUGGAUCGAGUUGGCAGUCCCCGAGGAGCAAGUGUUCCAGAUUGAGCGAGGUGGGCAGAUCUUCGCACGGGUUCGAGCGUUGCCUCAGAUGCAAAUCUCAGGGCAGAUUACAUGGAUCAGUCCGCGAAUUGACGAGCGUACCCGCAUGGUCCGGGUCCGCGCCACAGUUCAAAACAAUCGUGGCAUUCUGCGGCACGGCAUGUUUACUGAGGUCGUCGCGGUGAUAGGGAGCGUAGGAAACUCGCUGCUGAUUCCAAGCGAAGCGGUCCAUCAGAUCGAAGGAUCGCCGUUUGUGUUCGUUCGCCAGGAAGCGGAUUUGUUCGCUGUCAGGCGUGUAGAUAUCGGCCCGAUUGCGGGGGGCGGCAAUGUUGCUGUUUUGUCGGGUCUGAUAGAGAGCGAUGCGGUCGUCACAGGUGGCAGCUUCACGAUGAAGACCGACCUUAUCGAAAUUUCGCUCAAGAAUAGAGUGCUCGUCAUUCUGCUGUUUGCAAUCGCGUGCGCUGCUGGUGUGUACCGGAUGGUCCAGCUCCCUAUCGACGCGUUUCCAGACACCACGCCGAUCCAGGUGCAGAUCAACACCGUGGCCCCCGCGCUCAGCCCGGAAGAAAUCGAGCAGCAGAUCACCCUUCCUGUCGAACUCUCGAUCGGCGGGCUGCCCGGGCUCCAGAACGUGCGGUCCGUCUCAAAGUUCGGUUUCUCACAGGUCGUGGCGACAUUCGAUGAUGACAUCCGGAUCAUCGACGCGAGGCAGUACAUCACCGAGCGACUCUCGGCAGUUGAGCUUCCAGACGAUGUCGGAAGGCCAGAGCUCGGUCCUAUCGCGACAGGUCUCGGUGAGAUAUUUCACUACGUCAUCCGGUCCGAGACCGGUGAACACUCCAUCGAAGAACUCCGGACAAUCCACGAUUGGGUGAUCAAGCCCGAGCUUCGGAAAGUCCCGGGAGUUGCAGAGGUCAACUCGUGGGGCGGAUUGGAGCGGCAAUAUCAUGUCGUCGUCAAGCCGGAGGCCCUGAUUAAGUUUGGCUACACACUAGAUGAUGUGCUUGAGGCAUUGCAACGCAACAAUGCCAAUGUCGGCGGUGGCCAGAUUGUCACCUCCGGUGAGGCGAGGGUGGUGCGAGGAUUGGCUCGUGUCUCGACGAUCGAUGAGAUCGAGAACAUCGUCAUCGCAUCCAGCGAUGGCACGCCAGUACACAUUCGAGAUGUCGCAAACGUUGAAAUCGGCAGCGAGAUUCGCCGCGGCGCGGUUUCAGCGUACGGGAAGGGCGAGGUUGUCCUCGGUCUAGCCUUUAUGCUGAUGGGCGAGAACAGCCGUGUCGUGACCGAGGAACUACGCGAGCGCCUUGAGUCCCUCACACCAUCGCUGCCAUCUGACGUUGUUGUGGAUGUUGUUUACGAUCGGACUCUGCUCGUCGAGCAGGUCAUCAAGACGGUCGAGCACAACCUCGUGAUCGGUGCCGUGCUGGUGAUCGUUGUGUUGUUGAUCAUCUUGGGUAACAUCCGCGCCGGCCUGCUUGUAGCGGUCGCCAUCCCGAUCUCAAUGCUGUUCGCCGUGCAAGGCAUGUACGAGUUCGCGAUCGCCGCGAGUUUGCUCAGCCUCGGCGCGAUCGACUUUGGCAUCCUUGUCGACGGCUCAGUGGUCAUGACGGAAGCCAAUCUCCGUUCGCUGAAGCAACGCCAGCGAGAGCUCGGUCGGAAGCUCUCGCCUUCCGAGCGGCUCGAAUCGAUUGCGAAGUCCAGCGCACGCGUUGUACGUCCAAUCGUGUUCGGGAUGGGCAUCAUCACGCUCGUCUUUGCCCCCGUGCUGACGCUUGAGGGCAUUGAGGGGAAGAUGUUCCGGCCGAUGGCGUGGACGUUCAUCUUCGCGCUCCUUGGAGCCUUGCUGGUCGCGGUGUUCCUGUCACCGGUCUUGUCGUACUACUUCCUUCCGCAUCGCGCGAAACCCAAGGACGCCAUUCUGCUACGCGGAUUGGCCGGGGCUUACGGCUGGGCAGUCGACAGGGCGAUUCGACUUCGGUGGGUCGUGAUGCUGCUGGCGGUGGCUCUGCUUGGUGUCGCAGGCUACCGAAGCACGCAGAUGGGCGGCGAGUUUAUCCCGCGGCUCAGCGAGGGCUCGAUGGUCGUGAAUACCAUUCGACUAGCGGGUGUCUCGAUCGAUGAGUCCGUGCGGUACAACACGCGGAUCGAGGAGGUCCUGCUCGAUGAGUUCCCAGACGAGAUCGAGCACAUCUGGAGCCGCAUCGGGACCGCCGAGGUGGCGACCGAUCCGAUGGGUAUCGAGCUAACAGACAUCUUUUUGACACUCAAGCCACGUGCUGAGUGGGCAAGAGCGGACACGCAGGCUGGUCUCGUGAUCGAGAUGGAGAAAACCAUCUCGCAGUUCCCCGGCGUCAACAUGGUGUUCACGCAGCCGAUCGAGAUGCGGAUGAACGAGAUGGUCUCGGGCAUCCGAUCAGAUAUCGGGAUCAAAAUCUUCGGCGACGACUUCGACGAGCUGCUUCGGAUCGCCGACGACGUUCAACGCGUGCUUCUGGACAUUCCAGGUGCGUCAGAUAUCUCGGUCGAUCAGAUCACGGGGCAACCGUCGCUGUCCGUCUCCGUCGACCAAUCCCGAGUUGCCCGCUACGGCGUCGCCGCCAGCGAGGUGUUGGACUUCGUUGAAGCGAUCGGUGGGAUCCGCGUCGGCGAGGUGUUCGAGGGCCAGCGUGUCUUCCCGCUUGUCGUCAGGCUGCCGUCAACGUUCAGAGAAGAUGUUGCAACCGUGUCGUCGGUUCGCAUCCCGACCGAGGGGGGCGUUGCGGUGCCACUCGCGUCCCUGGCCUCGGUCGAUCUCUCGGAAGGAUCGGCCACGAUCAACCGCGAGUGGAGCAGAAGACUCAUCCGCGUACAGUCGAACGUCAGCGGAAGAGACCCAGCGUCGUUUGUCAAUGAAGCAAGGGCAGCCAUCGAUGCACGGGUCGCGUUGCCCGAGGGCUACGUGCUCGAAUGGGGCGGGCAGUUUGAGAACUUGGAACGCGCCAGAACUCGCUUGAUCAUCGUCGUGCCUGCGGUCUUGCUCAUGGUGUUCUUCCUGCUGUACUUCAGCCUGAAGAACCUACGGGAUGUCGUCAUCAUUUAUACUUGCAUCCCGUUUGCAGCGGUCGGUGCGAUCUUCGCGCUGUGGUGGCGGGACAUCCCGUUUAGCGUCAGCGCCGCAGUCGGGUUCAUCGCCCUGACGGGUAUCGCCGUGCUCAACGGGCAGAUCCUGAUCACGGCGAUUCGCGACGCUCUCGAAACAGGACAGCCGAAGCGGGAAGCGAUCAUCGCAGCGUCAAAGACGCGCCUCCAGCCGGUGCUGGCGACGGCGAUCACAGAUAUCGCUGGGUUCAUUCCAAUGGCGAUUGCUACUGGCGUUGGGAGCGAGAUUCAGCGCCCACUCGCGACAGUAGUCAUCGGCGGGAUGGUCACAUCGACGCUGCUGACGCUCUUCGUGCUUCCUGUCAUAGAUGAUACCGCUAGACUUGAGCAUCGAACACUGCUGACGUUGCUCGCGAUCAACGGCGUCAUGUUCCUCGCGGAGGCGGUCGUUGGGUGGAUCGCGGAAUCGACAGCGCUGCUGGCCGAUUCACUCGAUAUGUUGGCCGAUGCCACGGUCUACGGCUUAGCAAUGUACGCCGUCCGUCGAUCCAGCAAGGCCCAGCAGGCCGCUGCCAGCAUCAGUGGUGUACUCCAGAUUGCCCUAGGUAUUGGCGUUCUUGCAGAAAUCAUGCGCCGUGCGAUCUUUGGGAGUGAGCCAACCAGCCUGCUUAUGGUCGGUACUGGCUGCAUCGCUCUCGUCGCGAACCUCAUCUGUCUCCGGCUCAUCUCGAAGCAUCGAGACGGUGGCGCACAUAUGCGUGCAUCAUGGAUCUUCUCCAAGAACGACGUGAUCGCCAACACAGGCGUCAUUAUCGCCGGAGUGCUCGUGGUGUAUACUCGUAUCGUGCAUAACCGUUCGCUCGUCAUCUUUUUGACAAUGCUCAUCGGCUUUCAGGCUAUCUACGGAGGCCUGGGCGGUGCAGUCGUCUUGUGCCUGGGUGGCGGUCACGAGCAUCAGCCAUCAGAAAUGCUCGCAUUGUGCGAGCUUGCUUGCGGGCAUGCAGAAGGCUUGCCUGGCCCGGUGCCAGCUGAUCAGCACGGCGAGGAUUGUGACUGUGUAGAUAUCGAAAUCGAGCUGAUUGAGCUUCUCAGCCUUUUGAGAGCAGAUAGCGGUUCAUUGCAGACGAAUGCUGUUCAUCCAACCCCAACUUGGAUUGUCACGGAACUUGGGCACGGUCUUUCUUGGACCGGUCCACCGGGCAUUCCGCAGUGGUUCGAUCCAGGUAGUGCCCAGCGGCGGGUGGCUUGGCCCGGCAUCGCCGCGGCGGCGGCCGGUGGAUUGCUCGGCGGCUGCCAAAGCUACGAGCGAGCGCCGCUCGACCUCACUUCACAUCGAGACACAAUAGAGAGCCGGCUUGACGCCGCAGAAUCGAUCAACGCAUUCCUCAACCGCCUGGACGAAUCUGGUGGCGAUACGCCAGAUGGAUUUGAUCCAACCGAUGGAUUGUCAUCAGCAGAGGGUGAAGUCCUCGCGUUGUUCUACAACGCCGAUCUCCGAUUAGCAAGGCUUGCGGCAGGCGUUACGCUCGCCGACUACGAAACCGCGGGGCUAUGGGAAGACCCAGAGUUCGGCUUCGACGGUGCUGAGAUCUUGUCGCCUUCGGGGCCGUUCGAGUAUGGCCUAGCACUCAGCUUCACAGUUCCGAUAUCCGGACGGUUGGGCGUGGCCAAAGAUCGGGCCGGAGCUUCGUACGAGGCCGAGCUAAGGCGCAUCGUGGACGCGGAGUGGACCAUGCGUGCUCGGGUCAGAUCGGCGUGGGCCGCAUGGACAGUUGCCGACGAACGCGUUCGACUACUGAGCGACGUGAUCGGGCAGAUCGAACGGAUCGGGUCCAUCACCGACAGGCUCGAAGAGGCCGGCGAACUUACCCGUAUUGAGGCCCGGCUCAUACGUGCCGAACUCGUGCAGACCCGCGGAAGACUUGCUCAGGCUGAGUUUGCGGCGUCCCAAGCCCGAGUGGAUCUGUUCGGGUUGCUAGGCUUACCGCCAUCAAUUGACAUUGAGCUCAUCCCCUCGCUCUCACCCAGCGAGUCAGUGUCGUUCACGGACGAGUUGCAUCGGCUUAUUGAGGCGAAUACAUCGCUCGCGGUGCGUCGUGCAGAGUACCAAACCGCAGAGGAAACACUCCGCCUGGAGAUCCGCAAGCAGUACCCGGAUAUCACGAUCGGCAGUGGAUACGGCAGCGAAGACAACGACGACCGCCUUCUGCUUGGCUUAUCACUUCCGAUUCCGAUUCUUAAUGCAAACCGAGCUGGAAUUGCUGAAGCGAGAGCACAGCGCGAAGUUGCUCGCGCCGCAGCGGAAAUCACCUUCGAGCAACUCACACGUGAGCUUGCCACAACGAAUGCAGCGAUUAUUGCAGCAGGCACCCAACUCGAAGCGUUCGAAACGCAGUUGGUCCCGAUGCUUGAGGAACAGUCGAGGGAAGUUGAAAAGCUCAUCGAUUUCGGCGAAGUUGACACGCUGAUUCUGCUGGAGACGGUAUCGCGUCGCUUCGAGGUCAAGAGCCAGCUGCUUGAUUUGCGCCUAGCCGAAUUGAAUGCUGAAAUCGAGCGUAUGAGACUGCUCGGGCGACACGCCAGCCGAGGAGGCAUCCCCAUGAAAUAUUUGGAACAGACGAACGCGAUCGUUCUAGCAGCACUUCUGCCGCUGACACUGGCCGCCUGCACAGGGGCAACGGAUCAACGACAGCUUCAUGUGACCACAAACAGUCAAAUUCCAGCAAACAUUAUUCCUAGCGAUAGAGAUACAGCCAUGUCAAUCACACUUCUCGGAUUCGAAGGCUGCCCGCUCACACCACUCAUGAAAGAGAGGCUCGAGCAGGCGAUCAGAGUAGUCGGUCGAGACUUGGAUCUUGUGCAGAUCGAUCAGCAGUCUUUGGAUUCAUCGGACCUCCGCCGCGGAUAUCCCGCUCCGACGGUUCUAGUGAAUGAAUCCGACCUGUUCGGCACGGAAGCACCGAAGACUCCUUCGAUGGGCUGCCGUAUGUAUGAAGGACCCGAUGGCGUGCCUUCGGUGAGUGAUCUCGUCGAUCGCCUCCAAGAAGCAUUCGCCCAGGUCGCGGAUGGUGAAGGGGAAUCCAUCGAGCAAAGAGUUGUCGAGCACGGCGAGGACGACGGGCACGACCACUCGUCAGAAACCGAGGCCAUGGCAACCGGUACCGACCGCGUCGCUAUUCCUUCCGCAGUACGGUCGAAUCUUGGUAUCAGCUUUGUCAAGGUCGAACGUCGGCGGAUCGAGCAGACCCUCCGCGUGCCAGGGCGUUUCGAGUAUCUGCCUACAGCGCGCCGAGAGUACCGCACAGCUAUCCCGGGCCGCGUCGAACUGCUCGCAGAGCAGUUCCAACGAGUGGAAGCUGGGGAUGUACUCUACCGCAUCGACUCUCCGUCGUGGCGCGAUAUGCAGCAGCAACUCGCCGAUGCGGAAGCACAAAUCCAGAGGUUUGGUGCGCGGCUCGAAACAUUUGAGCCGCUCCUUGCGGCACACGAACAGCACGAAGAGAGUCUCCAUGAGAGUGUUGCUGUAUGGAACGAGCGUGUCGACCAGCUAAGAAGCGUGCGCGAGAUGGGUGGCGGCCGUAUAGACGAACUCGCCCAGGCGAGAGCGGCGGUCGCGAGCAACAGGGCAGAGCUUGCAAGCGUGCAGGAGAAGAAAGCUGAACUGCACGCCAAUCGUCAGCAAACCGAAGCGGAUCUUCGGGCUUCAGCGGCUCGACUGAACUACCUGCUGGAUUCGGCAUCAGCAAUCGUCUCGCUCGAUCGAGAGCAACUUGCUUCCACAGUCGAAACAGACCACGGGACUGAACCCAGGUGGGCUGCAGUUAACACGAUUGAGGUCGUCGCGACCGAGGCGGGUGUCGUGGAGGCGUUGGGCCUGACAAACGGAUCAUGGGCCGAUGAGAAAACGCCUGUGAUGACGGUGGUGCAGCCUGACCGGCUCCGUUUCCGGGCAUCUGGUCUACAGAGUGAUCUUGGCGUGCUCAAGGACGGCCUGCUCGCUCGGAUCGUUCCCCCGACGCCUACCGCCGUUGGUCGAGCAGUGCCGUUGCAAGACACGAUGAAUGGCGCGCUCACCCUCGGGCUUGCCGGUGAUCCCAACGAUCGCACGCUUGAGCUCUUCGUUGUCCCCGACGAACUCAGUUCUUGGGCACGCCCGGGCGUCUCGGCUCAGCUUGAGAUUGUGACCGAUGCCACGGCCUCUCCCGAGGUUUCAAUUCCACUUGCUGCCGUACAGCGUGAUGGUCUCUCACCAGUGAUCUUCCGUCGAGCUCCCGACAACCCCAAUGAAGCGAUUCGUAUGGAGGCGGACCUCGGCAAAGACGAUGGCCGGUGGGUCGUGCUGCUCAGCGGUGUCCGCGAUGGCGACGAAGUAGUCCUUGACGGGGCAUUCCAACUCAUGCUUGCGACCAGCGGAUCGAUCCAGAAGGUCAUCCGAUUCUCGCUCCAGUACUCAUCGCUUGUCCUCAUCGCUGCCGUUAUGGUGGUCGGGUACGCCGGCUACCGGCUCCCGCGCAUGAGUGUGGAUGUGUUCCCGGAGCUCAACGCACCGACCGUGACCAUCAUGGCCGAGUCAGGCGGGCUCGCCGCCGACGAGGUCGAGCAGUAUGUUACUUUUCCCAUCGAGUCUGCUGUGAAUGGCAUGACAGGUGUCCGACGUGUUCGCAGUGCCAGCGCCAUCGGCCUCGGUAUCGUGUGGGUCGAUUUGGAUUGGGGAACCGAUCUCUACGACGCGCGGCAGCUCGUGGCGGAGCGGCUCGUUACCGCAAGAGAAAACCUCCCCGACGAGGUUGAACCAUUCAUAACCCCGAUCACAUCAAUCGCCGGCGAGAUCAUGCUCGUCUCACUCUCUUCUCCAGAUGGGUCCGUCGACCCGAUGGAACUCCGAUCCUACGCCGACUUUGAUCUUCGGAACAAGAUUCUCUCAGUACCCGGUGUAGCCCAAGCGGUCGCAAUCGGUGGCGAGUUGCCGGAGUAUCAGGUCAAUGUCAACCAAGAGCGACUACGUCUCUACGACCUCACAAUCACUGAUGUGGUCGAAGCCGCCGGCGGUGCGCACAGCACCGCAAGUGGCGGCUAUCUCGUCAAUGUCGAUAAUUUCGAGAUUCCGAUUCGUCAGCAGAGCCGAGUGACGGGGUCGGAAGACAUCGCCAACUCGGUCAUCAAGUAUCACGAAGGUGUGGCCGUAACGAUCGGGCAGGUUGCCGAUGUCCGUCUGGGUCCGGCGCUCAAACGCGGUACUGCUUCAGAAGGUGGCAAUCCCGCGGUCAUCCUAUCGAUCCAGAAAUCCCCUGGCACCAACACCCUCGCCCUUACCGAUAACCUCGACGCGCUCUUUGAUCAGAUCGAACCAACGCUCCCUGCGGGUAUUGUACUGAAUCGAGAUGUGGUUCGUCAGUCGCAUUUCAUCGAUCGCGCAGUCCAUAACGUGACCAAAGUGCUCGGCGAAGCCGUGCUCAUCGUUCUAGUCGUGCUUGUGCUGUUCCUAAUGAAUCUACGAACGACGCUCAUAACGCUCACUGCUAUCCCGAUUUCGCUUGCUGUCGGUCUGCUGAUGAUGGAUGCGAUGAAGCUUGGGCUCAAUGUAAUGACUCUCGGUGGCUUGACUGUAGCAAUUGGUGUUCUGGUCGAUGACGCGAUCAUUGAUGUAGAAAAUGUCUUUCGACGUCUCAAGCAGAACCGUGCGAUGACUGAAUCAGAUCGUCGCCCGUUUACAGAGGUCAUUUUCGACGCCAGUAAUGAAAUCAGACCCGCCAUGGUCUUUGCGACAGUGAUCAUUGUGAUGGUCUUCCUGCCGCUCCUGUUUCUUCAGGGGCUCGAGGGACGAUUCUUUCAGCCGCUCGCGCUGACUUACAUGAUCUCUAUCCUCGCGUCCCUUGUGGUCGCCCUCACGGUCGUCCCGGCUAUGUGCAGCUUGCUACUCAAGGGUAAGCUCGGCGGGACACACGAAGAUCGUGACGGUUUUCUCGUACGAGUUCUCAAGCGUGGGUAUGAGCCCGCUCUUCGAUCCGCGAUCCAGUUUCGAGCAUGGGUGCUGGGUGCAGCGGGCCUGAUCACCGCCGCAGCGUUGCUCCUGGCGAGCACAUUCGGUACAUCAUUCUUGCCUUCAUUCAAUGAAGGGACUUUUACCGUGUUUCUCCUCGCGCCUCCCGGUACAUCGAUUGUCGAAAGCGAUCGGCUCGCGACCGAGGUCGAGAAGCAGCUCGUCGAGAUCGAUGGUGUUCGGUCGGUGUCACGCCGUACUGGACGAGCCGAGCGUGAUGAACACGCCGAACCGGUCAGUAACUCGGAGGUCGAGGUCACGGUCGAUGCAGGGCGUUCACGAGUAGAGGUGCGUGAUGAGAUCGAUCGCAUCCUCGCAUCGAUCCCAGGCAUCACGACCAUGGUCGGCCAACCGAUCGAGCACCGUCUGAGUCAUGUCCUCUCGGGAACUCCCGCCGCCGUCGCGAUCAAUGUGUUCGGCGAGGACCUGUCAGAGCUUCGUCGCGUCGCCAAAGCCAUCGAAGGCGAGUUACAAUCGCUCCCGGGUGCCCGGGAUGUGAAUGCCAAUCGUGAAGUCAUGAUUACUUCGCUCCCUAUCCGGUACCGCCACGCAGAGUUAGCUGCAGUCGGUCUUAGCCCGGCGGACGCUGCCGAGCAGGUCCGUGAAGCGAUCUACGGAGAGGUAGUCGACACCGUCAAUCAGGGCGUCCGCCAGUAUGACAUCGUUGUACGUCUCGCGGCCGCCGAUCGAGAAUCGGUACGGCAGGUGCGUGAUCUAUUACUUCGCGGACGCGGCGGCGCAACCGUGCGUCUUAGUGAUGUUGCUGACAUCGGACCCGAGCGAUCGAGUAACUUAAUCACCCGCGAGAAUGCUCAGCGGAAGGCGGUCAUUUCUCUCAAUGUCGCUGAAGGAUCGAACCUCGGUGAUCUCGUCGCUCAAGUGCAGGAACGUGUCGAUCCAAUCGUCCAAGAAGCCGGGAUGACAGUUUCGUACGGCGGACAGUUCGAGGCGCAGCAGUCCGCAUCCCGUACGAUCCUCGUGGCAGGUGUGGCCGUUGCACUCAUCAUGCUCAUGCUGCUUCAGAUCUCCACAGGAUCGAUGCGAGCCGCUGUCCUCGUCAUGCUCAACAUGCCGCUCGCGCUCAUUGGCGGUAUCGCAGCGAUCUAUCUGACCGAAGGUGCCGGAGCGAUCAGCAAUACAUUGGCACUAGUCGGUAUCGGCGGCGGGUAUGUUCCACCGGUGAUCUCGAUCGCGAGUCUCGUGGGAUUCAUCACACUGUUUGGGAUUGCGGUGCGUAACGGCAUCCUGCUUAUCAAUCACUACAACCAUCUCAUGGAGGCCGAGGAUGUGCCGAUGGGUGAAGCGAUCGUUCAAGGAUCGAUGGAGCGGCUUGUGCCAAUCCUGAUGACUGCGAUCUCUGCUGCUCUCGGGCUGGUUCCGCUCGCACUCGCCGCUGGCGAGCCUGGUAGCGAGCUGCUUGCGCCUCUGGCCAUCGUCACGCUCGGGGGACUGCUGACCUCGACGUUCUUAAACCUCAUAGUCGUCCCCGCCGGCUACUCGCUGGUGUUCGGGCACAAACCAGAACCGCGACAGCGAACUUUGUCGAAAACUGACAUGAACAAUCUCACUAAACUGCUCCUCGCUUCCACAAUCAUCGGCCCGCUCUUUCUCGGCGGGUGUGGCAACGAAUCGGAAGCACCUGGCACAGAUUCCCACUUGGAUCACGACAACCACGAGGGUCACAACCAUGGCGAAGACGGGCACGAAGACCACAACCACGCUGAAGAGGAGCCGGAUGCUCACGGUUCCGAAGACGAACUCGGUUUUGUGACGAUCGCCGGUACCACACUCAGCGUCAAUAUGGGUGGUGACCUCAAGCCAGGGGCUGUCAUGCAUCUCGAUAUCAAAACCACCGAUGGCCCCGAGCCGAUUGCUAUCCGAGUUUGGAUCGGCGAUAGAGCCGCGACAGGCGCACUCAAGAGAAAGGCAACCGGCAAUGGAGGUGACUACCACGCUGAAGCCGAGGCCCCCGCAGAACUGAUGCCCGAUGCCGCCGUCUGGAUCGAGAUCGAAACGGCUGAUGACAGCCGUGAAACCGGCACUCGCCGACUCGCAUGGGCCGUCGCUAUCAACAUGUUACUGACGGCGGCCCAGGUUAUCGGUGGCGUGCUUUCGGGCAGCCUAUCUCUGAUCGCAGAUGCGCUACACAACUUCAGUGAUGCAGCCGGCCUCCUACUUGCGCUGAUCGCACGCAGAAUCUCGAAGCGGCCAGCGGAUGAGCGACGCACAUUCGGGUACGGACGAGCCGAGGUGAUAGGUGGCCUGAUCAAUCUAACUUCCAUCAUGGUGAUCGCUGGCUACUUGCUCAUUGAGGCCGUUAGCCGAACAUUUGACCGCUCCGAGAUUGACGGCUGGAUGGUUGUCAUCGUCGCCGGCAUUGCUCUGGUUGUUGACGCAGCGACCGCCGUGCUGACCUACUCUAUGUCGAAGGAGAGCGUGAACAUCAAGGCUGCGUUUCUUCACAACAUUGCUGACGCGCUCGCCUCAGUGGCGGUCAUCAUCACCGGGACCCUGAUCAUACUGUUCGACUGGUACUGGACUGACAUCGCCGCGACCGUUGGCAUCUCGGUCUACAUCGUUUGGAUCUCCUGGGCACCGAUGAAGCGGUGUAUCAGAAUUCUAAUGCAAAGCACACCCGACCACCUCUCGCUCGAGACAGUUUCCGCGUCGAUUGCUGCAAUCCCCGGUGUCGAGGGCGUCGGUCAUCUACACAUUUGGCCGAUCGAUGAGUCAACUGUCUCUCUUGAAACUCGAGUUGCGAUACACGAUGAAACACCACUCAAUCAGUCUGCACUAAUUAUCGAGCAAGUAAGGUUGACACUCGCUAGAGAUUUCGGAAUCAAUCAUGUGACGGUGGAGCCGGUGCCUGCGUCAAGCCCUAGUUUCUCAUUGAUCACUCCCCACGAUCAUGAUGCGUCAUGA